AUGUCGUCCGGCGAGUAUGAGCGCUACGUGGCCAUGGCGGCGACGGCGGCGGGGGCGGCGAUGGUGAUCAACGGCCUGAUGAACGAGCUGCUGCCCUACGAGCUCCGCGACGCGCUCACCCUCUCCACCGCGGACGUGGUGCGCCGCCUCCGCGCCCGCCUCUCCCCCACCCACACCGUCGUCAUCGACGAGGCCGAGGGCCUCGCGCCCAACCAGCUCUUCGACGCCGCCCGGGCCUACCUCGCCUCGCUCACCGGCACCGCCUCCGCCGCCCGCCGCCUCCGCGCCUCCCGCGUUGACGAGGCCCAGGGCAUCCUCGUCACCAUGGACCACGGCGAGGAAACCGUCGACGUCCACGACGGCGUCACCUACACCUGGCGCCUCGUCUCCCGCGACGUCGCCAGUAACAGCGGCUCCUUCCCAAGCCACGGCUCCGGCGCCGGACACAACGGCCGCCGCGGCCCCCACGGCGGCUGCCACAGGUCCUUCGAGCUCAGCUUCCACAAGAAGCACAAGGAGCAGGCGCUCGCCUCGUACCUGCCGUUCGUCGUGGACGCCGCCAAGGCCAUCCGGGACCGGCACCGGGACCUCAAGAUGCACAUGAUCGAGUACGACGCGUGGACCCCCGUAGACCUCCGCCACCCCUCCACCUUCCACACGAUCGCCAUGGACGGCGACCUCAAGCGAUCCGUCAUGGACGACCUCGAGCGGUUCGUCAGGAGGAAAUACUACUACCGCAGGACCGGCAGGGCGUGGAAGCGCGGGUACCUGCUCUACGGCCCGCCGGGCACCGGCAAGUCCAGCCUCGUAGCCGCCAUGGCCAACUACCUCAAGUUCGACAUCUACGACCUCGAGCUGACCGAGGUCAAGUCCAACUCGGACCUCCGCAGGCUGCUCGUCGGCAUGAGCAACCGCUCCAUCCUCGUCGUUGAGGACAUCGACUGUAGCAUCGACCUGCCGCAGCGUGGCGAUCAAGGCGGCGAGAGGCGUGGGAGGCACAGCUUCACCGGAGGAGAAGACAACGAGGACAAGGUGACGUUGUCCGGGCUGCUCAACUUCGUUGACGGGCUGUGGUCGACGAGCGGGGAGGAGAGGAUCAUCGUCUUCACCACCAACUACAAGGAGCGGCUCGACCCGGCACUGCUGCGGCCCGGCAGGAUGGACAUGCACAUCCACAUGGGAUAUUGCACCUCGGAGUCCUUCAGGAUCCUGGCCAGGAACUACCACUUCGUCGAAGAUGACCACACCAUGUAUCUGGAGAUCGAGAAGCUGAUGGAGGAGGUGCCGAUCACACCGGCAGAGGUUGCCGAGGUUCUGAUGAGGAACGACGGAGCCGACGCUGCACUUAGUGAUCUCGUCGGGUUCCUCGAGGCAAAGAGGGGAGAAGUCGGUGCCAACAAGGGCGUAAAACAUCAUGGAAACAACAAGGUGGAUAAAUAUGAGCAGACAAUGGUGUUGUACUGCACUCCGGAGUACUUUAGGGGCGUGUCCCGUGACUACCAAUCACUUAAAGACCGUGCCAUGAUUCCCGAGGUCGAGCAGUUGUUGAGUGAGGUGCCGACCACGAUCGAAGAGGUCACCGAUGUUGUAGGGAGGAAUAACGGCGGGGCGGACGCCGCAAUCCGAGAUCUCAUCGGGUUCCUCAAGGCAAAGAGGGGUGACGCCGGUGAGAACAAUGGUGCGAACCAAGAUGGAAACCACAAUGGUGAUAAUAAAUAG